GACGCUGGCCGGAGGGAGGUGGAGGCCGGGCGCGAGCCCUGCUGACUGCGGAGAGAGUCCCGGGCCCCCGGACUGGCGGAGGAUGGGGUUUAAACCCCCGGACUGUCCGGUGUGACCUGGAGCAAGGUGUCGGCUCAGCUCCCCGGAGAAGAGCGAUUGCAGCUGCUGAGGAGACUUCCAGAAGUCCACUUUCCUCCGCCGAGGUCCCUGUUGGAUUGAGACCCGGCUUGUCCCCGGCCAAGGCCCCCGCAAGAGACCCCUGUCCUCCUCCCUGCCCUGGAGCGUCACCCUGGCGCUUGGGCACCGGCGGGCCGGCCCCCGGGGGAAGUCCUUGGCAAGACCCGCCCCCGCCAUCCACCUGUGCUCUGGACAGGAGCCCGUGGCGCGGCCAUGUGCCCGCCGGUCUGCGCACGGCCUGGCAGGGAGGGCGUGUCCCACCUGUACGCGUCCUGGCGCUAUCAGCUCCAGCACGGGGACCAGCUACGGAUUUGCUUCAUGUGCUUCAAGUUCGUCUUCCUGAGCUUUAAAGAGGCGCUGGAGUCAGAGGACUGGGAAGAUGAGGAGUGGGACCCUGAGUUCCUGGAGAGCCCCGUGGAGGGGCCUGGCUGGGGACAGGCCCUAGGUCAGGCUGCAGCAGGGGUGUCUGCAGACUGGAGCUCGGACUCCCUGGAGUCGUCCCCUGACGAAUCUGCAGAGGGGGGCCUGGACCAGUACUUUGUGCCCACAGAGCUGAACCCUCAGGACGCAGCACCCCUGGGCCUGGGCCCUGAGGAUGCCGACUGGACCCAGGGCCUCCCCUGGCGAUUCGGGGGCAUUCUGGCCUGCUGCCACUGGCCGAGCCCCUACCUUCUGUGGCAGGCGUUUCUCAAAGAGGUCCUGCCCCCUGGGGAGCCCAUGCUGUUGGAGCUGGGCACCACCCGUGCGGUGGACCCUGCUGAGGCCGAGGACUGGUUGCUGGGCAUGCAGGUCAUGUCCAUGGUGGAUGACUCCAAUGGCACCUACCUCCGGAACAUGACCGCACUCUGGGCCCUGCGGACCCCGGGCCAGGGCUGGAACGUGCUGCUGGAGCCCGACGACAUGUGUGUGGUGAAGCUGCAGAGCGCGCCCCCGGGGCAGGACCUGAACCCCUGGAAGCUGAGCAUUCUGGAGACCUCCGAGACGGGCUACGGUGUCGAGCUGGUCCCUGCAGACGCAGCCCUGCUCAGGAGGGGGUUCAGCAUCCUCUCUUACUCUCCUUGGAGCAGAAAGGAGGCAGAGGAGAGGGACCCGGCCUCCGGGCCAGAGCCCUCCACCCAAGGACAGGGUCCCUGCGUCCCUGGGACCGGCGAGGACCCGGGCUCAGGCCCUGGAGCGGCCGCCCUGUUCCCAGCUCCUCCACCCAAGGCCCGGAAGUGAGGGGCGGGGGUCCAAGCGACCCCUGUCGUCCCGGGUGCUCCAGGGCACACAAGGCUGAGGAGGACUGGCAGCCGCCCCUCCACCAAGGCCAGGGGAGCUGUCAUCAGAGGACGGGCCUCGGGCCUGAAACGGGCUCUCAGCAGGAAGCAGCACAAAUGUCCUCAGCUGGGGAUAGGGUUCAUACCUGGGGACUGUCAUGGAGGUGGCAGGGUGACUGCUGUGUGGGUGCUUCUGUGCAGCCCGUGAGGUGGGGAGCAGGACAGACGCCUGUGCACCCGCCCCGGCGUGAGGGGUCGGGUGGGAGUCUGCUGCCAGGCAGACGGGGGCUUGAUCUGCACUGGGUUUCAGCUGUUGGGUGUUUCACGCAGUUCGGCCGUUUAGUUUCAGUUUGUAUGUGUUUAUUUAAAUAAACAAGUGUU